AUGUUGCAGCUGAUGUCGGCUCUACAGUUUUUGUACCGAGCCUCAGCAAAUUUGGAUCCAGAAGCCCAGGAACGCUGGCGAUGCUACUAUGUGCAGCUGCUUCACCGUGUAGCUCUGGGGCUCUACAUGUUGAAGCGACGUGUCAGCCAGGGAGACCAUGUCCAGGACCUUGAUGUGCUGGAGACCGUCGCAGAUAUCAUGACUUCCAUCUUGGAAAGCAGAUGGUGGUUGGCUCAGCAUGUGAAAGCCAACCUGCCGCCUCCAUUGCUGCAGCCUGCUCCAACUUCCUUUCGACAGCAAGCUAUGGCAUCUGAGAUGAGCACAGUCUUUGAUCACAUGCAGCGGAAUCCUUUGGCAUACAGUUCCCCUGCUCGCAAAGCGGAUACCUUCCGAAG